AUGGCAGCCGACGAGCGGAAUAUGCCCUUCAUAAAACACCUUGCAUCCAGUGAUCGUAAGAUACGAACUUCAGCCCUCGGUACCCUCCGCACAUUCCUCACAGCGCCUACCACCGCUCGGAAGCUCACAGACCUCGAUUAUCUAAAACUAUGGAAAGGUCUAUUCUAUAGCGUAUGGAUGUGCGAUCGGCCUAUCCCGCAGCAGAACUUAUGCGCCGAUCUCGCCAGCCUCGUAGCUACCCUUCCUACCCCGAGCGAUAAUGAGUGUGCCGUGGUGAUUCCGUUCCUCCGCGCCUUCUGGGCUACUCUCUCCCGCGAAUGGACUGCCAUCGAUGUUUUACGCAUGGAGAAAUAUUUGUUGUUGGUGAGGCGAGUAUUUGGCGCCAGUCUAGCUUGGGCGGGCGACGGGACGAAAGGAAAGAAAGGCAAGCAGUGGACUGGUACACGCGCAGAUGGUAUGCUUCAACUACUAGAGGAAUGGCCGUUCGAAAAGUCGGGCGACCUAUCCAAAGUACCUGUCGGCUUGCGACUUCAUGUGUUAGAUAUAUGGGUCGAUGAAGCAGAGAAACUGGAGUUGCUGGUGAAGGAAGAUGACGAGAGCACCAAGGAGGACUCCGAUACGUUUCUGGACAGGUUACGGACUAUCGUAGAGGUGCAAUCAAAGUCUGCUUGCCAACCUGUACGAUCCAGAGCUAAGGAAUCUCUGUCCGACGAGAGGCUGCCUUGGAAUAGAAUUACAUCGUCGGAGGAAGAGAUGAACGUUGACAAGGGCGACGGGGACAGCUGGGACGGAUUCGACGACUGA